UUUUUCAUAAAAUUAUUGAAAAUUAUACAUUAUUCUUAUGGAAAGAAGGUUCAUCCAAACACCUAGAGUAUACCUCAAGCCAAAAGAGUCCAUUUUGAUCCCUCCUCGUAAUAAAAAAUGGGAAGAUAAGUAUUGGCGGAUUCCUAAAUGAGUUACGGCUAGGACUAUGAACCGGAAGCCGUUUAAUUAUAUUAAGAGCAACUCUCCUGAUAGGCCAGACAGCAGAAAUAUUGAGUACAAUCUGAGAUGGAAGGCUGAGAAACUUAAUUAUUUCUCGAAGAGAGCCACUUCUUCACAUAAGUCUAGAAAUAUUAAUAAAGUACUCAAAUCUUUUGAUAUUGUGACUCUGAGUGAGAAGGAUCUGCCCGAGCUGGAUUCUAAAGGCACAUCUCAGGCUUUCACAACGUAUACCGGUUAUGAAGACCCUUCAAAGUCAUCUUCAAGGAAGAAAAACAUUUUCAAGUAUCCUAAAUCAGCUGCUAGUCCUGGCUGGGCAGAGUGCUUUAAGUCAGGUAGGAGGCUAUCCAAAACACCUAAGGUCAAAAUGUUCGGACAGAAGAAGAAGGAUAAAUACAGAACUGUCAAGGGAUUGGCGAAUUUGCUAUUGUAUUAGCCUAUACUAUCAUGAUAUCUUCAGUUUAGU